AUGGAUUCGCUCCUCGCGCAGCCCCUUGCGCAGAUCUCUCAAUCUGCAUCCAACAUCACAUCCCUCCACUUCGCGCCCCCUAAGAUCUUCACCAAUGCGAUCCUCCACUCCACCAACAUCGUCUCCCUCCUCCGCGACAGCGAUGUACAAGAGCGCGCGCUAUUCACGAUGCCAACGGCGACACGCGCUGGCACCGCAGAGCGCAAGCAGCGGCAAAACACGGCUGUGCAAAACGUUCUCGGCGGCGAUAUGAUUGCGCAGUUGCGUCGCGGAGGCGCGGGUGGUCACGGUAGCGCUAUGGGUCAUCCAGCGCAGGGGGACGUGGAUGUGGAAUUGCUGUUGAUGGGUGCCGAGAAGCUCGUUAGUGUUUUUCAUAUUCCUGGCGCAAGCAGACGGAUCGCGACGGCGAGACAGCGAUUUGAGCAGUUGUCCGAGUCUAUUGUGAUCUAUGAGGCGCUUGUAGAGGCGCAGAGGAAGCAGCUGGAUAUUCUCAAUGCUGGUGUGGAGGAUGCCGAGGAGGAGGAGCCGGCGCCGCAGCAAGAGCAAGAUUUCAUAACGGAUGAGAUGUUGGAGCAGGAGGAAGAAGCGAUUAGGCAGCUGGAACAGAGGAGGGAGCAGAUGGAGCUGAAGAUCAAGAACUUGGACCGACAGAUGAGCUCCGUAUAUAGAAACGUGUGA